CUUACCUUUAUGAUUGAUUGUACAGUUCUGUGGCAGUAUAUUCAUGCGUAUGGCACCUCAGCACGUUCCUUAGUUGUUCUUUUCUUCUUUGUUUAGUAGCAUCAUUUUCUUGACUUGUUUGAAGACAAGAAGACAAGUUGGGAAUUACCUUACCUGGGAAAGGGUGAAAAUGACGAGGUUGUCACUUGGGAUUGACAUGGCCGGUCCGGCAACCAAGUGGUGGGAAGAGGUCAACGAGUCAGUUCAAUGGCAGGAUGGGAUUUUCUACUCCCUUUGUGCUUCCUAUGCUCUUGUUUCAGCUGUUGCCCUGAUUCAAUUAAUAAGGAUUGAGAUGAGGGUACCGGAGUAUGGAUGGACAACACAAAAGUUUUUUCAUCUGAUGAACUUUGUUGUAAAUGGAGUUCGCGCCGUUGUCUUUGGAUUUCACAAACAAGUGUUUCUGUUCCAUCCUAAGGUGCUGACUCUGGCAAUAUUGGACCUACCAGGGCUCCUUUUCUUCUCAACGUUCACUCUCCUCGUCCUAUUUUGGGCUGAGAUAUAUCACCAGGCCAGGAGUUUACCAGCAGAUAAGCUCAGAAUUUCUUAUAUUUCAAUAAAUGGUGUGAUAUACUUCAUUCAGGCCUGUAUCUGGGUUUACAUCUGGGUCAAUGACAAUAGCACAGUGGAAUUCAUUGCGAAGAUAUUUAUGGCAGUUGUAUCAUUUAUUGCAGCAUUGGGCUUUCUGCUCUAUGGUGGGAGGUUAUUUCUCAUGCUGCGGCGCUUUCCUAUUGAAUCUAAAGGGAGGAGAAAGAAGCUUCAUGAGGUUGGAUAUGUGACUGCCAUAUGCUUCACCUGCUUCCUCAUUAGAUGCUUUGUGGUUGUGUUAUCUGCUUUCGAUUCUGAUGCAUCUCUUGAUGUCCUGGACCAUCCUAUUCUGAAUCUGAUAUUCUACCUGCUGGUAGAAAUUCUUCCUUCAGCUCUUGUGCUCUACAUCCUGCGAAAAUUGCCUCCAAGAAGAAUAUCUGCACAAUACCAUCCAAUCAGUUAGCUGCAGCAGACUUUUAUCACCGGUCCUACUACACUUUCCCAUGGUUUCCCCUGCAGAAGCUAAGUGGAGUUCUGCAGGAAAUGUGGAGAUGCUAAUAGGAUCCAUGUGCAUUAAUUUUGUGGAAAGGCCAAGAUGUCAACUCUUUCCCCAGUUGUUAAUAAACAAAAGGUUGAGCUGUUUUACUUACAUUAUAUUAUUUAUGUGGUUGUGUCGUGAAGCAUCAGACGAACAAUUGUUCCACAAGUUCGUGAAAAAUAUCCUAGUCAUGAUGUAUUGAUGCAGAGGGUUAUCAGUUUCAUCACUGUACUAUUUUAUUCUAACUGUGAUGUUCUGCAUUUCCUAUAAUGUGAGAUUGCACGGAUGUAAUGUUCAUCAUUUGAUCAAUGACAAUGCCCUCUAUAUU